GGAUAACAAGAGAGAGAAACGCAGGGGAACUUCUAGAGAGAGAGAGAGAGAGAGGAACCCACCUCACCCACUCCGGCCUUAAAAACCAAGCCUUGUGCACCAAACCGAGCUCAUUUGAGCCAUAAGUGGGCUCCAAGGGAAAGCUUUUUCAGAGACGAAGAAGGCCCCUUUUAUUUCCCUGAUUCUUUUCCCCGUAGAAAAAGGGCCAGAUCUCCAUUUUCGCCCUAUUUUCUUGUUUUUCGAGAUAUUUUUUGGAUUUGGUUUGGUUUAAUAGAAUCCGCAUAUGAAUGUCGGAGCCGUUGAUUGCCUGUGUAAUUUUACAUAGUGAAUACCGCCGUCGAAAGGGAGGUAUUCCGAUUAUUUAGCAGGAAAUUUUUAUGUUGUAAAUUCCGGCCCUUUUAGCGGAGGUAUUUCAUGGCCUGAAAUUUAUCUGAUUAAAAGUCCGGCCAUUUUCCGAAGAAUGAUAGCACAUUGAUUUAUACGGGACUGAAAAAACCGUGGCCGGAGAGGAGGGAAGCGUAUUUUUCCGGCGACUUAGGUGGUCCUUUGGCGUAUGCUAAGGUCUUUUUAGUAGUUGCAGAACCGGCCGUUGUCGAAAACAGAAGAGAGAGAAGAGAGAGAGAAAGAGAGAGGGACUCAAUGCUUGAUGGAGAAGAAAGGGGAAGCGAAGAGAAGCAGGUACACUCUAGCGGCCGCAAGACGAUCUAAGGCUUCUCCAGCGGUGAAGCUCGUUUCUGUGUGUAAUGAAGGAGAUGGUGGGAGGAGAGAGAUUGUAUUGAGUAAGAAGAGGAGGUGGGAAUCACAGGAGGAUAGAGUGGUUGUUGAAUACGGAGGAAGAGGACAAAGAGAGGGGGAUAAUAACAAUAGCGAUGGUUAUGAAACGGUGGGUUCAGAAGAAGAAGAUGAUGAUCUUCCUCCUCCUACUUUUGGGUCCUCCACUUCUUCUGCUACAGUAGCUGGUUAUCCAUGGAAGAUUAAGCUGCAGGGCAAGGCAUGGGAAGAGGCAAACACGAUGGAUCGUGCCCCUGUUCCUCGAAAGCUGCGUUCAGCGAUGAAUAAGCGUAAUCGAGAGUCAGUUUCUCCUCCUCUUCCCACUAAGGAACAGAAUGGCACGGCGAGUUUGACUUCUCCUACCUGUAAUGGAGGUCGAAAAUCAAGUCAGAAGCAGAAGCAGGGUGGCUCUGUCAAGUGUUCAAGCUCUAAAAUCCCCAAAUUAUCUAUUACAACCACCAAAGUGUCCAAAGCUGAGGAGGAAGUUGCAGAGACAUUAUAUGAUCUAGCUAGAAUGUUUGCUCAUAGGGAGUCUUCUUCUCCUUCACCUUCUCCUUCAGCAAAACCCAGACCUGAACCAGACCUAGAUUCAAAGUCGAGUCAUUCAGGUGGGUUGUCGGUUAGAGAUAUGAAUAAUGCUGUAAAAGAUAUGAGUAAUGGUGCUGCUUCACCGGACCCUACUAUGCCCCCUUUGCCCCGCCAUUCUCUCUCUACAGAGGAAAAAAAGCUACCUGAUCAAGAUGCGUUGAAAGAGCCAACGGCAAAAUCUUCUUUGUCUUCUACCUCCAAAGCACCAUUCACAAAAGAAGUAUCUCUCACCGAAAGCCAUCAAGAGACUAAUAAUUCCCACAGUGCAGUAAGUGCUUUAGACGAAGGGAAUAAACCAUGUUUGGUUUCAGAUAAUUCAAAAGUUCCUUACAUGGAGAAUGAAUCUGAGCAGCUUCCACAUGAAAGGAUGGAAAAAGAAAGGGGACCGGGUUUGGAUUUCUCCCCUACAAAGGAAGAAAAGGAAGAGUUGGGUAUUAAAGAUGGUCCCAACCAUGAUGAAGGAAAGGUUCAAGAUCAACCCCAAAACUCAGAAAACACUAGAGAUAACCAGAAACCUGCCUCUGCCUCAGCUAGUGAAGCACCCACAGGGUCAGGCAAUAAAGAAAGAAGCAUUGAUAUUUGGAAGCUGGAAGCAGGUGGGGCUACUAUUACAGCAGAGCCAUCAGUGUCCCUGUCUAGUGCCUCAAAACGUUCUGAGCCCCCAUUACAGCCAUUAAUUGUGCCCCCUGCAAAAUUGAACCAAAACCCAUCUGCGGUCACUCUUCCAACAGAGAAGCCUCCCCUUUUUUCACCUCAAACAAGGCAGUCAUGGAAACGCUGUGCAGCUCAUGUGUACAUAUCACGUCUGAUUGAUGGGUACCAGAAAAUGGAGAACCUAUCAUGGGCAGUAACAGUGGGUCCCAUGAGAGUUCACUUGAAUCAAUCCAAGUCUUUCACGCAAUCCAAGCCACCACCAUUGACAAGAAACAACAUAAGUGAGCCCUCUGUACAGGGAAACUUUUUGGGAGAGAAAUCAAGCUCGAUCUCAAAUGGUUCAGCUCAGAAGAAGAAGUCAGCAGCCAUUGAAGAUCUGCAGCCUGCAUCUAUAGGUGUUUUUGGCCAUGGUGAAUUGCCCAUCUUCAAUGGUGGUACCUCUCAGAAACACCAGCAGCUGCAGCUGCAGAAUAUGCACUCGCCAUCUCUGGCAUUCUCAUCGAGUACAUUGGAGCCGGGCAGCAAUGUGUUGGUGAGCGCAAGCAUGUUCGCUGGGGAUCAGAGGGCAGCCACUAACAGUAGCCACACCACAACCACAACCGCAACAGCGCAACAGCAACAGCAGCAGCAGCAACAGCAACCUCAACCUCAAUUUCUCCAUUCUCUUGUUCACCAUCCAACUCUCCCCUUCUUCCAGAACCCCCAUUACUCUUCCCACUAUUCCCCUCAUUUGGCGCCUCACCAGAUGCAGCCGCAGUUCAUGGAAAAGUUCAUGGAAAGCAACACUUUCUAUAGCACUUUGGGUACUCCACCACAACCACAACAACAAGCCAACAACAACAGUAACAGCAGCACCACCAGUAGCUCCACCACCACCACCACCACCACCAAUUCUACAAAGAAGCCACAUCAACACGCACAAAUCCUCUUUGGCUUUGAAGGUAGCCACAAUCAACAGCAACAAAUGUGGCCCCCACCAAACUCCAAGUGGCCCAAUGGCGUGUCUUCAGCUGUCUACCAGGCCUUCCCACCUCUUCAGCUAUCCCACCACUACCACCCAUCAACGGCCCAGCAGCCUCAACAUCUCUUCUCCAUGGAAUCCCAGCCGUCCAAACCCAAACAACUAGUACAACAGCAGCAAAAGCCCUCCUUUUCUUCUUCCUCCUCUUCGACCCUCAUGGACCUCAAUUGUUGCCCUCAAUCCCACUUCUCCGUGAUUAGCACGACAAGCCCUAACCCUAAUAAUCCUAAUCUCAAUAACCCUAGAAAAAAUGAACCUGGAUUCGGGUCCUUUCUCUCUCCUAAUUCUCCUCAUGGCUAUGCUACUACAUAUCAAGCCAUAUCAGAGCUGGGUCGAGCCCAGGGCCAAGCCCAGAUCCCUUUUGCCCAUGGACUCCCGCCCACUCUCAUGGUUCAGAGCGGUGGUAGUCAUCGCCAGCAACCCAAGUAGUUAGUUGCAAACCAUCAUCUCUAUCCUAUUUCUCUCUCAAGAAAUCAACUCUGCAGAGAAGAGGUGCCGAGCCAGGUCCCUCUCUCUUUGGUGAGAGACCUCUUGGUAGGGGAUUAGGCUGGCGAGGGCCGGAGCAGGAGCAGCAUGGCCUAGCAAUGUCGAUGCCAAAUCAUUCUCUAUCUAUCUCUAAGUUUGUUUCUCUCUCUCGAAGGCGGCUGGGGAUUCAAAAAGCUUAUGAUGUUAAGAGAGAAAUGCAAGGAUCCUUGAAGAAGAGUUGUGGAGUUCGAGCCUACUGAAACUUCAAAUUUUGACCAUCACUCUCGUUGUUGAUAUUACAUGUAGAAAGCUCUCACAAACGUACAUUCUUUUCUUACUUUAUUGCUGUUAUGAUUGUUAUUGUGAUUAAUUAUUAUUAUAUAUACAUUGGUAGGAAGUAGUUCCUUUUCAUGGA